AUGGACAGGUUAAGUUACUUGCAUGAUGAGGUUCUUUUGGAUAUAUUGUCGUUUCUGCCUAGUGCUAAAGAGGUUGUGUCCACAAUGGUUUUGUCAAAACGGUGGCGAUUUCUUUGGAAGAUGGUGCCAAGGCUUGUGUACGAUGAUAGCUAUCAGACCACUGAGAAGGGAAAUUUUUCGACCUUUGUAGACAGGUCUUUGGUGUUGCACAAGGCUCCAGUUCUAGAAACUUUGCAUUUCAAACUCGGUAAAAUCUCUGGUUCCGGAUAUACUCUGGUUAGUGCUGCAGAUUAUAAAUCGUGUGUGCGCGAACUGGUUGUAGAGAUUGAUAUUUCUCCUAGUAGUAGUCAGACUCCAGUGGUGGUUCCAUGGAGCUUGUAUAGUCGCAUUUGUACAAUGCUUGCGAGCUUGAUACUACAUAACGUGGUUCUGGUGGAAUUUUCUGCCCCAGUUUCUUUUCCAUCCCUAAAAGAGUUAGAGCUUAAAUCCGUGAAGUACUCUGGUAAUGAGUCUGUCAACAAGCUUAUAUCCAGUUGUCCUGUUCUUGAAUACUUGGCUGUAGAACAAUGUAAAGGGGACAAUCUCACCACUUUGAGAGUUAGAGUGCCAUCACUAAAGCGUUUAUCCUUAAUAGAACAUGAAAACAAUGUUGUUCAUGAGUUUGUGAUAGAUGCUCCUUCUUUGGAACGCUUGAAGAUUGUUGAUUAUUCUCUUGGGUCUCGUAUCGUUGAGAGUAAUAUGAGCAGGAUCAUCACCGCAAGUAUCGACUUGUGGUCUCCUCAAACAGAGCAGCUUUUGGAUUCUCUAACUUCAGCCAAAAGUUUUUUUCUCUGCCUACCAAACUCAAAGGAUGCGUAUCCUGUUGGUAGAAUAUUUCGGUCUCUUGUACAUUUAACUAUAUGCACAUGUGAGACAGAAUGGUUGAACGUACUUAUACGUGUGCUGAGAGAUUCCCCUAAUUUAAAAUCUCUCAAAAUUCAAAAGUACCAUUGCUUUCGGAGUGGCGAGAGGCGCCCGUGCUGGAAAGAAACGAGCUUGGUGCCUGAAUAUCUGUUACCUAGCCUUGAAACCUUUGAAUUGGUAGAUUAUGGAGGAACAGAAACAGAGAAAGAAGUAGUAGCAUUCAUCUUAAGAAUCGCAAGCUGUUUAAAGCAGGCCACUAUAAAGACCUCUAAACCCAUUGACCACGACAAGAAACUUGAGAUGCUUAAGGAUUUUCCAGUAUCAUCUAGGCGUUCACCAGCUUGUCUGCUUGCUUUCAGCUGGAGCUGUGCUAUACCUUAA